AAUAGUAUGUGUCCUUUUUUUAACUUGUACCGUGGCAGAUUUGUACAUACAGUUUUUACUGUCUGCUUGUGGAUACUAAGAUAGCCUUUAUACUAUAUCCCUUGUGGGGUUGUUUGGUUAGAUCCAUGAAGGGUGUUGUUGGCUGGUGAAGGAUGGGUCCAAAUAUCUGGGAUGGAUUGCUUGUGAAAAGUGUAUUGCUUCUGUAGACUCGAUCCUGGUCCCCAUAGUAGUAGGCUGAUGCCUUAAUGGCCUUGGCUAAUUGACGGACUGCUGUACGUUGAUGUUAACACUGUCCCUUUAAUUCUACUAGCUGGGGUGCAUCUAACUGACAUUUUAUAUGAGGAAAUUGAAGAUUUUUAUGAAUACAUUCGACCAACGCAACUGGAACAUCGGAUGCGUCUCGACGUUAUUAGAAGAAUAAAGAAUGCAGUCUUGUCAUUGUGGCCGAAAGCACAGAUUAGAGUUUUUGGAAGUUUCCAGACUUCACUCUAUCUUCCGACUAGUGAUAUUGAUUUGGUGGUAUUAGGGAACUGGAAAGCUCUGCCGCUCUGGACUCUGCGGGACCUUCUCGUAAAUAAUAACAUUGCCACCCCUGCUGACGUAAAAGUUCUUGAUAAAGCAAGUGUGCCGAUUGUAAAAAUGACAGAUACAAAAACUGAAGUCAAAGUGGACAUCAGCUUUAAUAUGAAAAAUGGAAUGGAGAGUGCAAUGUUCAUUAAUGAAAAGAAAAAAGAAUAUCCUAAUUUAGCAAAAUUAGUUAUGGUACUCAAACAGUUCCUCGUUUUGAGAGAUUUAAAUGAAGUUUACACGGGAGGUAUCAGUUCUUACAGCCUUACCUUAUUAAUUAUCAGUUUCUUUCAGUUGUAUCCCAGAGCGGAUGUCUCCUUACCAAAUGUAAAUCUUGGAGUGCUGCUUCUGGAAUUUUUUGAAUUCUAUGGCAGACAUUUUAAUUACAGCAAGACUGCCAUUUCAGUUAAGAAUGGAGGAUUUUAUUUUCCCAAAGAGCGAUACAAAUUGCACAAGCUUGAUUUCGUGCCUUCCAUCUUGUGCAUUGAAGAUCCACUGCUACCGGGAAAUGACAUUGGAAGGAAUUCUUAUGGAAUGCUGAGUGUGAAAAGAGCUUUCGAAUACGCUUUUAUUCUACUUUCAGAUUUAGUCCACCCAAAGAAACCAAAAAAUCUUGGUGGUCAGAGGUAAAAAAGUUAUAUGUUUUAAAUAUUGGUGUGAUAUUUUAUAUUGUGAUGUACAAUACUUCUACUAGUACUUCAUCAAAUUAGUAUAUUGGGUAUGCUAGUGAGUUGUUGCAGUAAAUCUAUUGAAUACCUACAGAUGCAAAGUGUUUAUAUGGGUUUAAACAUUGUAAGUGGGACUGUAGAAUCGAUACAAAAAAUGUUCAGACUCUUUUAUAAAAAUUUUAUCAUUGCAAGAAUCAUCAGACUACUUUUUUAGACUUUUAAUGUAUAUUUAAGUGUAAGUUUAUCAUUUCUAUUGAGAGUGGAGUCGGAGUCAUUAAAUGUCCCCAUUCUCCAAUUCUUAAUCCACUAUCUUUAGAAAUGCUUGUUUGAAAAGAUGAAAACAAUGUUACUGUAGAUCUGGUGAAUUACAGUAGACUAGUUAAAGUUAUCAAGAAUUCUCAAACAUAUCAGCUGGACCAUUGAAAAUGUGAAAUUAUUUUUUUUGCUUCUCCGUAUGCAUGGGUGCAGAAUAGAAUAUGUCCUUGUGCACGAACAAGGUUCAGAGGAAAUUAAAGUGGUUCUGGGAAAAUUUGCAGUGGAAAAAUAAUAUGGUAAUAGCUGCAAAAAUGUUAUGCAAAAAACAUUACAAUAAAAUGGAGUGGCAUCUCAGUUAAGCUUAUAGAUGUUAAUUGGGGAAAAUUUUUUCAAAUGCAGGGGAUACCUGUGGGUUUAGGAGUGAAAUAAGAAUGUCAUUUACUUCAUUUAUUGGUUUAGUCACUCGUUACAUUGCUGCCUACUUAUGCUCGCAGUAGGGACGAGUUAGUUUCGUUUACUGAACCACAAGUUUGAUUUUUACGGAAAACCAAAAUGGAGCUUUAAAAAGAAUCAAAAGUCGUUUUUAUUUCAAAAUUCUUUUAGACAGUAUUUAAUGGGUGAAAUUUCAAAACAAAAUAU